AUGGCCACGGCCUUACAAAGUCUGCGUAUGACAGCGCGAUGCUGCUCAUGCAGAAAUAUUACUUCCAGAUACACUAGCAAGUCAAUUGCCCAACGAAGGUUGUUCUCAAUCACAACAAGACAAUAUAAAAUCAACCCGAAAUUCAAGGAACUCGCGGAAACAGAACCAGACGAGGAUGAGUUCAAUGAAGAGAUCGAGGAAUUGUUUGAGAAUGCGGGUGCUCGACAUGCAUUCAGUCUACCAAGUUAUGGGUUUGAUGAGGGUGCAAAGAGGAAACUAAAGCCUACGUUUCUGAAUUUGGAAGAUCCAGAACCGUUUGAUGAGGAAGACAGAGAGGAUGACGACGAUGACAUUUCGGCCUUAGCACAUAUGGAGUUGGAACAGGUUAGGGAAAUUAGACAUUACAAUAGGUUGGCAGCUUGGGAAAUGCCGAUGUUGAGCAAAUUGGCAAAGCCAUUUGUGCCUCCAUCGACCGAGUCUCCUUUACGAUUCAGAUACACUUCAUAUAUGGGAGAGCAACAUCCGUCAGAGAAAAAAGUUGUGAUGGAGUUUUGUCCUGCAGAUAUGCCCGGACUGACAGAAGUCCAAACGGAUAAACUUAGAAAAUUGGUCGGUCCAAGACUCAACCCAAAAACGGAUAUUAUCAAAAUGAGUUGUGAGAUGUAUCCAUCACAAGCCCAGAACAAGCGAUAUCUUGGUGAUAUGGUUGAUUCAUUACUGGCAGAAGCAACGACUGGUGAUACUUUCGAAGACAUUCCUUUAGAUACCCGUCAUCAUGUGUUCAAAGUGAAGCCAAAAUUUCCCGUGGAGUGGAGAUUGACAGAGGAGAGGAAGCUUGAAUUGGAAGGCUAUCGCCAAAAGAUGAUGGUGACGGAUUCCAAUCGAGAACAUAUUGGUCAACUGGUGGAUGGUAUUGAAACAAUUAAACAUAGACUGGCCAAUCCUAAAGCCAAGGAACCAUUACCUGAAACUAUCACAGCUGGAGGGAGGGUUAUUGGCAACAAAAAAGUUGCUGUUAAGAGUACAGUACCGCAAGGUGUCCGACCCGCAAAACGAACAAUGUCAUCUGUCAAGAUAGCUCCCUUCGAGCACAGUUCACUCGAAUCCAUUCCCACUACAGCCAAACUUCUUCGAACCACCUUUCGCUCGCAAAAAACCAAACCACUCGAAUACCGUUUGAAGCAACUUCGGAAACUCUAUUGGGCUAUUGUUGAUAAUAGCGAUGCCCUUAUCGAAGCAGAAAAAAGCGAUCUCGGAAAACCCGCUUUCGAAACCUGUCUUACAGAGAUAGACUGGAUGAAGAAUGAUAUUGUUUUCGUCUGCAGCAACUUGAAGAAAUGGAUGAAGGAGGAGAAAGCGCCUGAUAUCGCGCUCAGCAAUACUCUCUUCAGCCCGAGGAUCAGAAAGGAACCUUUGGGUACGGCUUUGGUAAUUGGCGCAUUCAAUUUCCCGGUUCAGUUGUCGCUGGGCCCUUUCGUCGGUGCUAUCUGCGCGGGAUGUACAGCCGUGUUGAAGCCUUCAGAGCAGGCGCCCCAAACUGCCAUGGUGUUGAAGAAAAUUAUCGAAACUAGUCUCGAUCCAGAUGCAUAUACGGUGGUUAAUGGAGGUAUUCCCGAAACCACAGCUUUGUUGAACGAGAAAUGGGAUAAGAUCUUCUAUACUGGGGGCGCAACAGUGGGAACCAUCAUCGCGAAGAAAGCUGCAGAAACUCUGACUCCAGUCGCUCUAGAGCUUGGUGGUAGAAAUCCAGCUAUCGUAUCGAGGAAUGCAGAUCCGGCUCUGGCGGCCAGAAGAUUGCUAUGGGGUAAGAUUCUCAAUGCUGGACAAGUUUGCGUCGGCCAAAACUAUGUCAUGGUGGAAAGGGAGAUCUUGGAUGCUUUUGUUGAGCAACUCAGAAUCGCCUAUAAAGAAUUCUUUCCUCAGGGCCCCAAAGCCAGCCCUGAUUAUGGCCGAAUCGUCAAUAACAGGCAAUUUUUACGAAUCAAAAAGAUGCUUGAUGAAUCCAAGGGAAAGAUCCUCAUUGGUGGAGAAUUGGAUGAGGCCGAAAAUUUUAUCGCGCCAACUGUGGUUUUGGUUGAUAGCAAAGACGAUUCAAUGCUAGUGGAUGAAUCUUUUGGUCCUUUGAUUCCUAUCCUACCAGUCGAUGAUCUUGACGAGGCUAUUAAUAUUGCUCAUGAUAUUCACUCGACUCCAUUGGGCUUCUAUCCAUUUGGUACAAAGGCGGAAACUGAUAAGCUACUCAGCAACAUCACAUCCGGCGGUGCUACUGUCAACGAUGCUUUCUUCCACUGCUCAAUACCAACUCUCGCCUUCGGAGGAGUAGGCGACAGUGGAACUGGUUCCUACCGAGGUGAACAAUCCUUCAACGCCUUCACCCAUCGUCGUUCCGUCGCCACAACCCCCAGUUGGAUUGAGAAAAUGCUCAAUGUCCGCUACCCACCAUACAGCGACGCCAAGCUCGCCCAAUUCCGCAAAUCUAGUACGAAGAAACCAAAUUUCGAUAGGGAGGGUAAUGAAGUUAGAGGUUUGGGUUAUUGGUUGGGUCUUGUGACGAGUCUUGGUGGUGAGGGCGUCAAGGGCGUGCUUGUUAGGUGGGCAGUUCUUGCUGUGUUUGCUUAUGGUUCUAAGAGAGUUUGGGAGACGAAAUUCGGUAGCGGGUUGCCUUCUUAUCUGAGAUGA